AAGGACGGGCGGAGUGACGGGGAAGGAGGAGAGAAGGCGAAGGGGCGGAGCGCAUUCUCAAAUUGAAAAAGGAGGGAAGCAGGAAAAGAUUGACAAGAAAGGUUGACAGAAGAGAGAGAGGGAGGGAGAUGGGUGCGCGCUCAGAUCGUACGGGUGGAUUUCACUGGUCCGACUGAGCAAAGCGCUCUCUCUCCCCUCUCUUUCGCACAGACGUCAGAAAGCGCGAGCGAGAAAUCUCUCGAGGGAGAACAAGGCGCGCAGAUGGAAGCCUCUCUGUUAUUCAGCUGUCCUCCGGUCGGAGUUUCCGUCCCCUCUCUUUCUCGCUGAGUACAGAUCGAUCACGAGUUUCAACGAUCGAUAUCUCUGUCUCUGUCUCUCUCUCUCUCUCCUCAUUGAACCAGGAGUGUCGAGUGCGAGAGAAUCAUAAAGAACGAGGAAUUUCAGUGCAUAGAGUCGCGCAGAAGAAUUGGAUAGCUGAGAGAGAGUCAGAGAGAAUAAGAGAGAGACAGAGAGAUAGGGGUUGAAGAGACGGACGUCCACGAAACAGUAGCUUCUCUAUCUCUCUAGCUCUCUUUGAGGAGAGAAUAGAGAGAUGGAGGAGAUAUACGGCCUGGCGUCGUCGGCGGACUACUCGGACCACACCGGGAUCGGGUCGUCGGUGUCGCCGGAGGGCCUAGUUUGUCCGCCGGAGUUUGCGACGUCGUAUGCGAGCUAUUACUCACCGGGCGGCUGCUUUGGCGAGAAGAUUCAUUCCUCUGGCGGCGUCUUCGUCGGUCACUUGCCGGGUGCCGCGGGAGCGCCGGAAUCGUCUGCUUCCCCGGUCUUCACGGGACAGGAGGAGGCGGGGGCGGCCUACGGCACGGAGAUCUCCUCGGCGAUGAAGGCCAAGAUCGCGAGCCAUCCUCGAUAUCCGAGCCUCGUGGAGGCUUAUAUCGAUUGCCGCAAGGUUGGAGCACCUCCCGAGAUAGCGUCGCUGUUAGAAGAGAUACGACGAGAGAACGAUGCCUGCAAGGCUAGUGCAGUCACCGGUUGCGUAGGAGCGGACCCUGAGCUCGACGAGUUCAUGGUAGGCACCGCUUCUCCCUUUCUCCUUUUACCGGCCUCCGUGCCUCAAGAACCGCGUGGGAUGGAAGAUAAUCAGUGUAGGAUAAAAGCAGGCUGGGUACAGACGAAGGAAUCCUACUUUGAGAUCUUGGUGAAGUAUAAGUCGGAUCUCACGAAGCCCUUCGACGAGGCUACCACGUUCUUGAACAAGAUUGAGAGGCAGCUGAGGAACCUGUGCAGCGGUACGACGGAAAGAAACUGUGGUUCUGAUGAACAGGCUGGUUCUUCCGAUGAUGAAUUGAGUGCUGGGGAAGUGGAAACCCAAGAUUCAAAUCCACGCAGUCAAGAGCAUGACCUCAAAGAGAAACUUCUUCGUAAAUACAGUGGUUACUUGAGCAGCUUGAAACAAGAAUUCUCCAAGAAGAAGAAAAAGGGGAAGCUACCAAAAGAAGCCAGACAGAUGCUGCUUGACUGGUGGAAUUUGCACUACAAGUGGCCAUAUCCAACAGAAGCUGACAAGAUUGCACUAGCGGAGUCGACCGGAUUGGACCAGAAACAGAUCAACAAUUGGUUUAUAAAUCAGAGAAAGCGCCACUGGAAGCCAUCCGAAAGCAUGCAAUUUGCUGUGAUGGAUAGCCUGUCUGCGCCUUUCUAUGACGAAGACUGAGGUGGACAUCCUCCUUUCCUCGAUGUAUAUAAUACCUGUUUUGUUGUUGAAACUCAUUGAGUGCAAUCCAAUGCAUUCUUUGAUAUUUGUAUGCUUCCUCUGUCGUGAAAAUAGCAUGAUGGAUGGGCUUCAAGGUUGAUGUAUUUAUGCUUUAUA